AUGACUUCCCCACAGGCCGGCUGGAGGAGGUCUCCUGACCCCGUUUUCACCACCCCUCGUGCCGCCUCUGAGGUCAGCCUUUGGCGAAACCGGCUUCCAGUUGCAGUAAACGAGAACUAUCCAGGUGUAAGCAACCUGGAACCGUGGCUCGAUGAGAUCAUCGGUGUCAGCUCUGACCGCAGAAACACUCGAGCCGCCGCUCCAGGCCCGGCCAUUACUGCUACCCCGGCGAGCUGCAGGAGGGUGCUGGCCAACGCUUGGGCCAGUUUUGAGAGAGCGGACCCGGCGAGAGAUACAACUCCGCGGGGUACUUCACAGGCUACGGCCCUCAGCUUGUUCGCCUUGAAUCCAGUUCUCGCGGAGACGCGGGAAACACUGCAGCCGGAGCGCGCCAACCUCGUUCAGCCAUCAUCCGAACAUUCCCGACGCCCGCCGACCCCUCCGGCCCGCCAGCCUGCUGCAGAACCCCUUCAAGGGGCCAUCGCCCUCUCAACCGAAGAGGCCGACAGUAUGCUGGCGCACACGUUUUUGAAGCAGGAGCGCCAAUCCGACAACGUCCUCAUGGGCUUCUAUAUGCUGAGGGGACGCCAGCCCCAGCUUUUCAGUGCCUUUACGUCUGGUAUAGUCGACAUUGCCACCGGCCUAACUGCUGGUGCCGGUGUUGCCCCUUCGCACCCUGUGGCCGCCGACACCGUAGCCCUCGCCAUCAUCAACUUGGCAAGGUUUGUGGCGACCACUGCAGAGGAGGGGAUCGCGGAUGACAACCGCGAUCUGCUCCCCCUUGUUUGCCUGCUAAUGGCCCAAAAGUUAGAAGAUAAUGGGCCGGACAGCCUCCUCUCCGCGAUGCUCACUGUGUGCAAUGUGGGGGACCCCGACCACACGGCAACGAAAAAGCGCGUUGCCAGGCUGGAGGCCAAGGUGUGCGCCAGCCUCAAGUGGGCGCUGUAUGCCGUGACGCCCACGACGUUCGGUCACCUGUUCCUCGCCCGCGCGUUGUCGGAGGGCGCUCUCGCCGGAGGGCAGUCUCAAGUGAGGGAGCUCACGACGGUAACGUCGCUGAGAUGGGUGCAGCUUGGCUACCUGUCGGAGUUCAAGCCGUCCGAGUUGGCUGCCGCCGCCAUGUUCUGCGCCGUGCUCCGUGAACGUGAUUUUCAAGAAGCUCGGCAGGUCAACGAGGCUACAAGGAGUGGUGUUGUGGACUUGGAAAGCUCCAGAUUCUGGGGGUUGUAUCGCGAGGAAGAUAGCCACAACGCUGUUCCGACGAUAAUGGAUGCAAUCGACGCUGCUGGUGUCGGGAUGGGCGCCGACGAUAGAGGGACUGGCGCAGCGCAGCGGUACAUCGAUGGAGCCGCCGAUAAGGAUGAGGGAAGCGGAACAGCAUACGGUUGCAACGACUCUGACACCGAGGGUCCCACGCCGCCACCUACAAGAGAACCGGGAGAGGCUCUGGAGGCGUUCUUUACCGAUGACCAGCAGGUCAGCCGGGCCGUCUCCAGGAGCGGUAACACCUCGUCGCCCGACCGGCAAGAUAUGGAUGAGCCAGAGAACGGUUCCGGGAAAAGCACAACAUGCUCGGCCCGCAGCAUCAUCGGGGAACGGACUCCGUGUACGACUGGUGGGAUGACGGCACCGUCCCGCGAGUUCGCCACGGCUUCGCACUUCUCUCCGAUCUUGUUGGAUGACCGCUACACCACGGCAAUGAGCGCCGGUGCCUCGCCCUCUCCUUCGGAGCACACUCUCGGGGUCUUGGGCCACGAUCGCGGCAGCGACGUCGAGAUCUCGGCAGGCACGCCACCCAGCGCGGGCUUCGUCACCUUGACAACCGGAAGCACCCAACCGGCGGCAGUGCGUAUAUCACCAUCUCAGGCGCAAGCAGACCCUGACGUGCCGGGAGCAACGGCCAGAAUAAAAUCGGUGGGACUCAAUGAAGGCCCCUUCGAGAUCAUCGGUGGCGAUGAUGGCGGUAGCGAUGACGUUUCGGACGACAAUAAUACCCUCGGUCUGCCUCAGGUGGAAGUGAUACCCGGAAACAACAGCACCAACGAGGUUGCGGAGUGGGAUGUUGGUGUAGAGAUGACGAUGGAAGAAGCGGGCGAGUUGUUGCUGCAACAGAGACCUCACCUGGUACCGGCACCGGCGAUGGUCGAUGGCGGAUACAGUCACCUUGCGCCCGGCCUUUCUCACGUGGAGCCCCGCGAUGGCGACACCGAGAUGAGGUGGGAGCGAGCCGCCAUGCGCAGGCUGGACGACGGCGUCAAGGCGUUCCAGCGGCAAGAAAAGCGACAGGGCGUUGCACCGCUGGUAUUCUGGGGGGAAGGUGGUGUGCUUCUGCCCGUGGUCCCACCCGCGCAGGUCGACGCACGCACAAGCCCCCCCGCUGUCGACAGCAACAGCACCGAUGAUACUAUCGAGUGGAAGCGUGAGGUCGAACGCCAGCUUGAGGAAGCCGGUAAGCUCUUGCGGCAGCAGAACCUUCACCUGGUGACGGCGGUAGCCGUGGGCAGCCACGCACUUCUGCGACCGGAGGAUGUUUACCCGCCGCUCUUCCACACCAACGGCAACCAGGACGAUGCUCCGGCUUCGCAGCACGCCGCCACCACCGCGUUGCUAAGGCCGGACGCAUUCACGGGCGCGUUCCAGUGCCAGGAGGAAGGAAACGCGGACUCCGCGCCACCGGGUUCUUCCAGGCGAACCUUCUACCCGCUGCUCUUCCACACCAACGGGAGUCAGGAUGACGCCCCGGCUUCGCAGCACACCACCGCCACCGCUUUGCUCAGGCCGGAUGCGUUCGCGGGCGAGUUCCAGUCCUAG